CGCCGUCGUCGUUUGUUAUCUCUCCACCACCACUCCUCCAUCUAUCCCUCUUGUUUCAACCAGAUCUGCCGCCUUUAGCAUUUGCGCGUGCAAGCUUUUGCGCUCUGCCUUUCAUAGCUUGAUGGUGCAGGACGCAGUCUCGGAAGUGUCAUCACAUACACCAGUACGCGUUCUUUGAACUUCGGCAAGAUGGCAGACGGCAACGACAUCGAAUCUGCUCAACCCGCUGGCGUCAGAUCCCUCAGGUCAAGGUUUGAGAGCAUAUCGACCGAAUCGCCCACUCUCGCUCGCAGUCCCAAGGCGGCGGGCACGCAUACACCCACCCCCAAGCAGGCGGGCAUCCCACCUUCUACGUCAGACGCGCACCGCCCGUCCUCACGCAUCGCGUCAGGCAAACUCGAACACCUCAUUGCAUCUCCCAACUUAUCACCAGUGUCACAUCAUCUCCGCCAGUCUUCGGUCACCAACCAACCAUCUCCCGAUCCCAAGAACAGACCUCCCCCGCCACCUCCCCCCCAUAUAGCACAUCCACGAGAGCCUUCUACCGAUGAGCCACUAUCUCCCGACCCCAAAGCCAGACGCCCUCCUCCCCCUCCACCCUCUGUUGUUCGCGCGAAUGUCAAUAAGCCCUUACUUGCGGGCGUCGUCUCCCCCCUUCUUCGGCCCGUUCCGUCCCCCAGCAUUAAUUCACUCAAUUCUCCAAGCUUAGCAGAUACCUUAAGUCCAAGGUCCGACAACUACUUCGAAACCCAUGAUAUUGGAGAUGAGCCGCCUCGACCUGUCAGCGUUGCAUCCUUGCGCGAUCGGUUCUCGCAACCAACCAACUCUUCGCCUCCUCGUAGCAUCACACCUAAACCCUCUCCCGUCGUCCAUGUCCAACCCUCGACCUCGCGAAGCGAGCCGCUGCUCUCUCCUACACCCCCCGUCCCCCCUCGCCAUACCAAACCCGAAUCCAGCCGCAUUCUUCCAUCAAACAUAGUCGAGAGUCCACAAGAGGCUCGUCCCCGCACAGCACCAGCUCCGCCUCCCCAUCCUCGCCACACUGCCAGCCCCAGUCCAUUCUCCGAAGACGAAUCAGAUGAAUCUACCAGCACGAACGAUCGCAGACCCCGACCA